UGAUCAUUAGAGCAUUUCUAGGUGAUCUAGGAUUUGUGGACGAUGAUGGAUAUUUGUUCAUAGUAGACCGUCUGAAAGAGCUUAUCAAAGUUAAAGGAUUUCAGGUACCUCCAGCUGAAUUGGAAAAUGUCUUACUCGAGCAUCCGUUAAUCCAGGAUGCUGCAGUGAUUGGGGUUCAAAAUGCGGAAGGAGAGGAAUUUCCGAAAGCUUUUGUAGUUAGCUGCUCAGACACCCUGACAGAGGAUGAUGUGAAAGCAUUUGUAAGAGGCAGGCUUUGA